GACGUCGGGGACGGCGACGUUAUUGUUUAACACUACAAAAACGCGUGAUAUCAGUACAAAAUUAGUUUUUCAAAAAAAGAGAACUCGAUUCAAAUUCUUUACCUGUGCGCAAAUCAUGGACCAGUGGACUAUCGAUAUAUUAGACAAGUGGAAAUUUUCUUCGUGCAAAGCAAUAUUCCAAGAUUAAAAAUGCAGAAAACAUAGAAGAAAUUAUUGAUGAUGUCGAUAUUGUUAUCGAUAAUACUUGUAUAAUAAUAGAUGUUCAAAACGAUAUAGAAAAUAUAUCUGAAGAAAAAGAACCAGAUAAAUCUACUGAUGUGUCAAUGAUUGAGGAGUCACGGUCACAGCAAACAAAACGUUACAGGGAAAAUUCUUUUCAUGGAAACCGGAAACAUACUUGUAUUUUAAAUGAUGUAAGGCUUUAUCUUGAACGAACAAGUGAAGGAAAAAGUUACUUUGGUUUGUACAACAAGCAAGGUUUUGAUAAUGCUCUGAGGACUGAUAUAGCGAAAUAUAUUAUAUCAGCUGAGUUAGCAAACGAUCCGAAUAAACGAAUUACUCCAGACGAUUUUAGGCGACUUAGUCAACAAAUUGUACAACUUUUUCCUAUGGAAAUUGUGUUAGAACAAGAUUUCAAUUACCUAUAUCCAAAUAACUCGAUGCAACUUCUAUCUAAUUGGGAGAAAAUUGUUCACAAAUUAAAAAAACUUUUGAGAAAUAUAAAAUCCGCAAGUGUUGAAGAGGAAACUGUGAAGGUACUACUAGCAAUUCCAACAUUUUUCUCUCCAACAAAUGUUAGAAAGUGGCGUCUUACAGCUGCAGACUUAAGUACUGGUUUCCCGUUGCACAUCAAGGCUUUACAAGACUUGGAGGUGCAAGUGGAACGUAUGAAACAGAAACUCUUUGCUGUUAAGAAGCAACUUCAGCCGUUCCCUAUCAUCAUUGGUAAAAAUCCAGCAAAUAUAACUGAAUCCUAUGUUUACAUUAACAACUUUCCGUAUAAGGUAGAGAGCCCUUUAUGUGCAAUAGAUGUGUGCUUCAAAGUGUAUCACGCAUUGCAUGCGUUCUAUCCCUUUCAAAGUAGUCAGCCAUGCCUUUUCCUUCAGCAAGCUAUUUAUCAAUUUAAAACUCAAUGGGAUGAACAUGUACCAUCUGUCGCAACAUUGGUAAAUGAUUAUAUGCAGUUAACAGAUGAUUAAAUUAACAAGUUAACAAUUUUGUUAAAAGCAAUUUACGAAAAUUAUAAAAUUACAUAUAAUUUACAUA